AUGAAAUUUAAUAUUUAUCUACUCUAUUCAACUCGACCCAAAAAUCAAACAAAAAAUUAUGCAAUACAUAUUGAUAUUUAUGAAAAAAUUUCAUUAACCUAUCGAGGAAGUUUAUUGUUUCCAAUAAUAUUUCCAUUUUUACCUGUUCAUCGUCUAGCAUAUAUAGUUGUUAUCCCACAAAAUAAUGAAAAUAUUCAAACUUGUUUAAAUUCUCAAUGUAUUCAUGGAAAAUGUAUUAUAUAUUCGAAUAAUUCAAAAAAUAAUAGCUUUUGUCAAUGUAAUCGAGGAUGGUCUGGACGAUAUUGUACUAUUCCAUAUAGUUGCAUGUGUUCAUCUGAUUCAAUAUAUAUUGGUGUGUCUGCUUACAAUCGAUCUGUAUGUGUUUAUAAUAAUUUAAUUUGUCAAAAUGGUGGUCAAUGUAUUCCUGCUGAUGAAUAUAUGAUAUUGAAUCGAAAAUUUUUAUGUAUCUGUCCAAAAGGUUAUAUUGGUGAUCGAUGUGAAAUAAUUGAUAACAAAAUAAUUUUAUCAUUUCAAAAAAAUAUUGUUUUAUCUCAAUCAAUAUUUAUUCAUUUUAUUGAAAUUAUUAAUAAUGGUACACCGAUAAGAAUAACAACUUUUCGAAAAAUUUUUCUUACAGAAAAUUCACUUAUAAAAACUUAUGAACGAUCAACAUCAAUUAAUAAAAUAAUUAAUUCAUCAGAUCGUUGUCAACAUAUAAAUGAAUUAUUUAAUGAAACAUUUGUUAAAAUGCAUGUUCUUCGUCGUAUCAAAUAUUAUCAUUUACCAUGUCAAAAAUAUUUAUCAAAUCUUUCUUGUUUUUAUGAUGAUCUUCAUAUUUGUUUAUGUUAUGAUUAUGGAAAACAACGUUUAGCAAAUUGUUUUGACUUUAAUCAUAAUAUGAAAUUUGAUUGUUUAGGUCAAAGUGUCCAUGAAAAUGAAGGUCAAUGUUUUCAAGAUAGUCUAGAUUGUCCACAAAGAUCAAUGUGUAUUUGUCCAACAUGUUUUUAUGGAACACGAUGCCAAUUUAGUUCAAGUGAAUUUCGUUUAUCACUUGAUGCUAUAUUAGGUUAUCAUAUUCAAUCACAUAUUAGUCUUAUACAUCAGCCAAAUAUUAUAAAAAUUAGUUUAACAUUGACUUUAAUCUUUAUGGUAGCAGGAUUAAUCAAUGGAAUUUUAGCUUUGAUUACAUUUAACAAUAAAACUAUACGUGAAGUUGGUUGUGGUUUGUAUCUAUUAGGUUCAUCAAUUACUACUUUACUUACGACGAUUAUAUUUGGAUUAAAAUUUUGGAUACUUGUUCUUGCACAAAUGAUACCUAUAUCUAAUCGAUUAUUUUUAUAUAUUCAAUGUAUAUCUCUCGAUUUUAUUUUACUAAUAGCAAAAAUAGUUAUUGGUAUUCUUAUGAUUUUUACUAUUGGUACUUCUAUUACUGAUCCUCUUUAUCGACGUUUAAUUGAUGAAGAAAAUGAUGAUUAUAAACGAAUAUGGUGUAUUGUUACUUAUUCAUCUAGUUUAAAAAUAUUCAAUUCUAUUAUGCAUACUUGUCAUUUCUUAACUCCAUGUAUUAUUAAUUUGGUAUCAGCUAUUAUUCUUAUAACAAAAAAGUCUCGUCAACGACCAAAUCUUCAAAUUAAUCGAAAUUUUAAAGAACAUUUCAAAACACAAAUUCGACAACAUAAACAUUUAUUGACUGCAUCAGUUUUACUAGUUAUUCUUGCAUUACCACGUUUAAUUCUUUCAUUUGCAUCAAAAUGUAUGAAUUCAACAAAUGAUGCAUGGUUAUUUCUUAUUGGAUAUUUUAUUUCAUUUAUUCCACCUAUGCUUACAUUUGUUGUAUUUAUAUUACCAUCAAAAUUUUACAAAAAACAACUUCAUCAAUCUCUUGCUGCAUAUCGAACUAAUAUACAACGACGUUUCCAAUAUAUUAUAUAA